CUUUCAUUUUUGGUGGGUCUGACGAAAUUGAAAUUGAUAUGCUCGAAUUAUUGUGCAUCGAAACAAGGAGACGUACAGGUUUCCACGUGCUGACAUUGGUAGAUAAGUUUGAUUUAAAAAAAAGGAGAAAAAAAGAAAAAAAAAAUUACGCCAUCCCGUUGGGUCUUUCUUCACGGGAAGAGACAACAAUAGCAACAGGUGAUUUAAAAACCUACGACACACCAACACAUUUGCCAAUACAAACGCGCCAUUCAAGGUGAAAAUCCCCACCAGAUGUGGCAGCUUUAUUAGUUAUAAUAUACUAUAAAACGGCAAAACCAUCUCAAUCUUUACUUCUCACGUUCGGCACGCGACACGCGAAUAAAUUGACGAGGUAAGAAAAUAAGCCAUUGGAGGUACCAAUUGAAUUUAAUAUGAAGAAAAUAUACAUCAUCGCGUGUCUACUCAUCACAUCUUUUGAAAAUUAUUUCAUCUCAGCCACCCCUCUUAAAAUAUUUGGAAGAAGAGAACCAAAUUUACCUCAAUCCAAUGCUCAAGUUCACUAUAAUAUUACUAAAUCACAAUUAGGAAAUUCAGAUUUAGAUGAAAUAUCGUACAUAGAUUUUGACGCAUCAUCAUCUAGAAGACCGCGGAUAUGCUAUGAUUGUGUUUGUGGGAUCAGUAGAACAAGUAGAAUCGUGAAUGGAAACUUAACGGAGUUCUUUGAAUUUCCAUGGAUCGCCAGCAUUCAUAUUGGAGGAAAAUAUCAAUGUGGAGGCAGUCUUAUUACUCAAAAGCAUAUUCUUACCGCUAGCCAUUGUUUAUUCACCGACGAUCCGCAGGACUAUUUGAUUAUUUUGGCCGAUAACAAUUUACCUAAUAGUAAGGAAUAUUUAAUAAAACGUGGUGUAGCAUCUCUUAGAGUACAUAAAGAUUAUGAUAGUACUUCUAAAAAUAAUGACAUUGGUAUAAUUGAACUUGAUCGACCAGUACCACUCGACGGAAGUAUCCAAACUGCCUGCCUUCCAGAAGAUAAACCGAUUGAUUACUCUGGAGCUUUAGCAGUGGUUGUUGGUAGAGGUAAAACGGGAGAAGAUGAGGCUAUCAGUGACGAAUUGCGCAAAGUUAACGUUCACAUUUUACCCGAAGAAGAAUGCAAGCAGACUGGAUAUGAAGAAGGAAAAGUGACAAGCAAUAUGUUUUGUGCUGGAUAUCUCGACGGGCAGUAUGAUUCUUGCCACGGUGACAGUGGAGGUCCUCUUCACGUGAAAGCCUCCCACGGUUUCAUGGAAAUUGUUGGGUUGAUUUCUUGGGGUCGAGGUUGCGCAAGACCCAGAUUCCCUGGGGUGUACACGAGAGUUACAAACUACAUGGACUGGAUUGCAAAUCAACUGAAUCAAGAUAAUGCGUGUAUUUCUCCAGUUUUUUUUCUUAUUAAAAUAAAAAUUAAAUUUCGUGUUUUUAGUAAAAUUUUUCUGGAGAAUUUUUCUUGGAGAAUGAAUUUGUUUAAUAGAAUUAGUGUUCUGAUAGUUGUGCUUUCUAUCUACUUCAUUGUAAUUGGACAAAGUCGCAUAGUGAACUGGAAAGAUUAUGGACAAACAGAAAAUGAUGUUUUCUCAAAGAAAAACAAUCGAUCGGGAAAAUUUCUAUUUGACGAAAUAUUUGGAUUGGAUAUAACAGGCUCAGAUUCAGAUUCAGAAUCAGAAGCAGAAAAAUUACGAAAUUGUUCCUGUGAAUGUGGUAUUACAAAUCAGGAAAUUCGAAUAGUGGGUGGAAGACCGACCCUUCCACAUAAAUAUCCUUGGAUAGCAAGGCUUGUUUACGAUGGCAAAUUUCACUGCGGUGCUAGUCUACUUACGAACGAUUACGUGAUAACUGCAGCUCAUUGUGUCAGAAAGUUGCAGAGAACAAAAAUUAGAGUAAUUUUGGGAGAUCAUGAUCAAUAUGUCAACAGUGACGGCAUAGCAAAAAUGAGAGCAGUGAGACAUAUAAUACGUCAUCGAAAUUUUGAUAUGAAUUCUUUCAAUCACGAUAUAGCUUUACUUCGUUUGCGAAAACCAGUCACUUUUUCAAAAUCAAUCAAACCAGUCUGUUUACCCGAUGCUGAAGAGGAUCCUGGUGGUAAAGAAGGAACUGUUGUGGGAUGGGGACGAACGAAAGAAGGAGGAAUGCUUCCUGGCGAAGUUCACGAGGUUCAAGUUCCAAUUUACUCUCUUACACAGUGUCGGAAUAUGAAAUAUCGAGCCAGCCGUAUCACUGACAACAUGAUAUGUGCCGGACGAGGAUCGCAAGAUUCUUGCCAAGGUGAUAGUGGUGGUCCAUUACUUGUGCAAGAAGGUGAUAAAUUAGAAUUGAAAGGAAUAGUAUCUUGGGGUGUAGGAUGCGGAAGAGCAGGAUAUCCCGGCGUCUAUACAAGAGUCUCCAAAUAUUUGAGUUGGAUUCGUUCAAAUAUGAAAGAUACGUGUCAUUGCAUUGCUUGAGUAUCUUUAGUUGCAUUUUACAUUCAAAAUUCAAUCAUAAAAGUCAAACAUGGUCAAGUGGGACCUUACUACUUUAAGAAAAAGUUUUAUUGUAAAAUAUUUGCAAUUUAUUCCUACAAUUCAGUAGUAUACUAAGAUGUACUAUGUACUCUUAGGUAAUACAUUUCUCAAUGUAUUUUUCAAUCAUAACCAUACUAAAGGUACAUUUAGUGUCCUUUGAAAUAUGCUAAGUGCUACAGCUUAUCAGUUGCAGAUUUUAUUCUAAUUAAUUAAUAAUUUGAACAUAUCAAAAUGACAAGCAAGUACAAUACUACAAAAACUAUUCUAAAUGUAUAUAUACUAAAAAAUGAAAAGCUCAAAAAUGUGUGAUAUUUUACAACAAAUACAUAUAUUUUUAUAAUUAAUAAAGGAAGGAAAAGUUUAAUUUACUGCAAUACGAAAUAAAUUGUUUGUUAUAGAAUGACAUGUUCCGUAAAUGUUCAGUAAAAAAUUAGUCAAUAAUUGUAAUUAGUUAAAAGUUAUUUUGUGUUUGCUAUAUGAAAGUAAUUGUCAGUUAUAAUACAGGUACGACAAAAUAAAAAUUUAGAACAAUUUGUAAUUUAAGAUUCUUUAAAAAAAAGUACCAAUUAGUAUAAGGAUAAAGAACAAAUAUUAAUAAUAAUAGUAAUAAGACGUAAAGGAUGUGUAAAUAUACAACUUGUUUAUAACUUAAUUUAUGUUAAUCCCAUCGUGGUCGGAUGCAAAAGUAGAAUAUAAUGUGGUAAUUUAACGGUUCUCUAUCGUACCAAAGCAGAAAAAUGUUAUUGCAAAUCAAACUUUAACAACGAAUAAUAUGUAACAACAAUUUUUACAUUUGUGUAACUUGGAAAAGUAAAUGAUUAUUUUAAAAACUGUAACAAUACACUUGAUGAAAGGAA